AUGACUGUGAUUGUGCUUGUGACUGAGAUUGGGAUUGAGAUUGGGAUUGCGACUGAGAUUGAGACUGUGACUGAGAUUGUGACUGUGACUGGGAUUGUGACUGCGAUUGUGAUUGUGAUUGAAAUUGUGAUUCAGACUGAAAUUGUUGUGGUUGCUGUUCAAAUUCUGGCUGGGGCUCUGGUAAAAAUUGUUCUUGAAACGGUUGCUGGUUGAAUUGCUCAAAUUGUUGAGGUUGUACUGGUUGGAAGUUUGCCGCUGGCCCUCCAGAUGGAGCUGGAGGAAAUAAUAAAGGGG